AUGAUUACCCAACACCCACGCGUCGCCGCCACCACCACCAAUCAAGUAAUCAAAUCAAUCACCAACUUGCUAAAAGUGGGUCAAAUACAAAAAGCCGCAUCCAUUCUCUUCGCAUUCCCACUACCCUUCCCUCACUCUCUCUACGCCCACUUCUUCCGUCAUUGUACCUCCCCAAAAGCCAUCGUUGCAGCUCAUAAGGUUGAGUUCCACUUGGUCGCUACCACUCCUAACCCACCCACAUUCCUCCGCAACCGCGCCCUCGAAGCCUAUGCUAAAUGCUCGUCUCUCCAUGACGCCCGGGAACUGUUUGACCAAAUGCCUUACAGAGAUGGUGGCUCUUGGAAUGCCUUGAUAACCGCUUAUUCUCGAUUAAGCUACCCGCACGAAGCACUUUCGUUGUUCCUUUGCAUGAAUAGGUCUGCUGUUCGUGCUAAUAAUAUCACCUUUGCCGGUGUUCUUUCCUCAUGUGCUGCUGUUUCUCAGCUUCCUCUCUCCCAACAGCUUCAUGGGCUUGUUGUGAAAUUUGGUUUUUGUGGCAAUGUGAUCAUUGGGAGUGCUCUUGUUGAUGUUUAUGCUAAAUGUGGGGUUAUGGUAUAUGCUCGCAGGAUGUUUAAUGAAAUGCCCCGUCGCAAUGCUGUCACUUGGAAUGUUAUUGUGAGAAGGUAUCUUGAUGUUGGGGAUGCAAAGGAAGCUGUUUUCUUGUUCACUCGAAUGUUUUCUGCUGGAGUUAAGCCGUUGAAUUUUACAUUCUCUAAUGCUCUUGUUGCUUGUUCGAGUAUGCACGCGCUUGGGGAGGGGAUGCAAAUUCACGGGGUUGUUGUGAAAUGGGGACUCCGUGAGGAUAACGUCGUUUCAAGUUCUCUAAUCAAUAUGUAUGUCAAGUGUGGUGAAUUGGAGAGUGGUUCUCACGUUUUUUAUCAGCUUGUUUCCAAAGAUUUGGUGUCGUGGACUUGCAUUGUGUCAGGGUAUGCAAUGAGUGGUAAAACCUGGGAUGCCAGAAGGCUUUUUGAUCAGAUGCCUGAACGAAAUGUGAUCUCGUGGAAUGCUAUGUUGGCCGGAUAUACCCGAUUCUUUAAAUGGUAUGAGGCAUUAGAUUUUUUGGGUUUGAUGCUUGACGCUGUUAAGGACUUGGAUCAUGUCACUCUUUGUUUGAUGUUAAAUUUGUCUGCGGGACUUUCGGAUCAUGAAAUGGGGAAACAGACUCAUGGCUAUGUUUAUCGACGUGGUUUUCACUCAAACCUUAUGGUUGGCAAUGCCCUUCUUGACAUGUAUGGUAAAUGCGGGAACUUGAACGGUGCCAGAGUAUGGUUUAAUCUGAUGAGUAAUUGGCGUGACAUGGUUUCUUGGAAUGCUUUAUUGGCUAGCUACGGUCAUCAUCAUUUAAGCGAACAAGCACUUACAAUGUUUUCAGAGAUGCAAUGGGAAGCGAAACCAAGCAAGUAUUCUUUUGGAACCCUUUUGGCAGCAUGUGCAAAUACUUAUGCUCUACGCCACGGCAAACAAAUUCAUGGAUUCAUCAUUAGACAUGGAUUUCAGAUAGAUACUGUAAUCAGGACUGCUUUGAUUUACAUGUACUGUAAAUGCUACUGUCUUGAGUAUGCUGUUGAAGUUCUGAAAGGUACAGUCUCCAGGGAUGUGAUAAUGUGGAAUACGUUAAUUUUGGGAUGUUGUCACAAUCAUAGGGGAAGAGAUGCACUUGAACUUUACGGGAUAAUGGAAGCAGAAGGCAUCAAGCCAGACCACGUGACCUUUGAGGGAAUUCUUCUUGCUUGUGUUGAAGAAGGCCUUGUUGAUUUUGGCACCCAUUGCUUCAAGUCUAUGAGCAAUGAAUACCUUGUCCUGCCUCAGAUGGAGCAUUAUGACUGCAUGAUUGAACUCUACAGUCGGCAUGGAUGCAUGGAUGAGCUCGAUAGUUUUUUAAAAACAAUGACAAUAGAGCCUACUCUUCGCAUGUUGGAACGAGCCCUUGAUGCUUGUCAGAAACAUGAGUCUCCAAGACUGGGUGAAUGGAUUGCUGAAAAAAUUAAUAAAUUUGAACAUUAA